AUGGCUGACGGAGUAGCGGACGGAGGAGCAGCGAGGGAUAUGGGCGGCGUGGAGGGUCCAGAAGCGAUGUACGUCAAAUUGAUCGCCAGCGACGGCCAUGAGUUUAUUAUGAAGAGAGAACAUGCACUCACAUCUGGUACUAUCAAGGCUAUGCUCAGUGGACCAGGUCAGUUUUCAGAAAAUGAAACCAACGAAGUGAAGUUUAGAGAGAUUCCGUCCCAUGUUCUGUCCAAGGUGUGCCAAUACUUCACCUACAAGGUCCGCUACACUAACAGUAGUACUGAGAUUCCAGAGUUUACCAUUUCGAGAGAGAUUGCCCUCGAACUACUCAUGGCUGCUAACUUCCUCGAUUGCUGAUCGUACAAUCACUCGAUCCCCAACACAUCAAACUUUCUGACUGACUGCUGUUAUGUGCAUUUAGCUAUAAUUAUUGUUAGCUGUUUCAUUUGUGUUGUUUGCACUUUUAUGCCCAAUGGUUCAGGGUAGCUAUUUAUUAGUGAGUUUUGUAUUCGAAGUGUGUAUUCGAAGUGUCUUUACUUCCCACAGCACUUGUUUAUGCAAUUGCAAUGCAUUUUAAUUAAUGAGAACUCUGUUAAUAAUGAA